AUGUCGACCCCCAUUCUUCGUCUCGACACCAGCUACCUUCGCAGUGAUAUCGAUAAUAGCAUUUCUUCCAGUUUAGCAACGCCUACUUCUGCUACUCGCAGCCGCGCACGCAGUCUAUCGCAGUCUGUUAUACCAUCUUUCUUGCCACUCAACUCUCCUAGGGCCGAAACCUCUCCUGUCGACCUGCCAAACAUCGCUGUUUCUCAUGGAGCCAAUAAAGCUCGCAACGAAUCCCGCAAGCUACUAGCUCAUUUACUUGCACAGCUGCAGGGGAGACCUUUACCACCUUCGUCUCUAUAUGGCCCAAGUCUCAAAUCUGUUUUGAACGAUAGAGGGUUAGGCGCAGUUGUCCAAUCUGUCAAAGAGACGGUUAAGCAUAAGCGUCGUCUGUCGGAGGGGCGAAUCUAUGACCAUCCUUCACGGGAUGAAUCUGAAAGUGAAGUUGAAGAAGAGGCCGUAUUCAAUACGGAUGCCACAUUUGAUCUUAUGACUCAAUUGAAGGACGUUCUCCUCAUCUCGGCUCAGCAGAAGUGGGACAUUCUGAACGAUAGGCACAGGCACAACAGCGGGAAAGAGAUCGAAUCGGGGAAGGGAAGUCAGAACGUUCGACGACGAUCUCGAGUCCAUUCCCGUUCUUUGUCUGCCACACCGUUGGCUCCAGAAGGGAGAGCUACUCGCACACCACCCCGGUUGCUGUCCCAAUGCAUACAAGUACUCGCUUCUGUUAUUUCUGAAGAUUGUCGCUUCAAAAUAUCAACCCCUCGCCCAUCAAGGCCUCCCUACGCUCUGCAUGCCGUCACUCUAGAUGUGGCACAGUUUCUGAUUCACAAUCAUCGUCACGACAUGGUCACACUAUCGCAGAUCGCAUUUGCGGUGAUACCUGCAUUUUACUCCUUCAACCCCACCCUGUAUAAUCGGCUGCUAGGCUUCUUUAACGACGUACUCCUCGGCGACAUCUUAGAAGGUUUAGACCAGGCUCAACAUAGUCAAAGUGGUGGGCUGCAUAGUUUGUCUAUUGAUGCUGACGACGCCAAGGCUCCGAUGGUGUCUAUCACCGUAGAUGAAGUGGAUGAUGUACCCGUAGGUGGCCAAUCUGUCUCGGAUUGGCCCAGGUGGUCGAAAUACAACUCCACCGCGAUAAACAAGACUAGGUCAACCCAUGCACCUACUCAGGACGUUGCUACGCACCAGCGAUCGUCAUUGGUCUCACCACUGCUUACGGCGAUCUUAGACAAUGUAGACUUCGCGAAUCCUGAUUCGUCAUGGUUGCCUCAUCUUCACCGGCUCCUUCACAGACUUGUCAAUUACAAACCCGACGCCUAUCUGGAUAUUCUGGCGGUAGCCGCAUAUCACACACCGAGAGCCCGAUAUCAUGCCUUGAAAAUUCUAUCGAGCUAUUGGCCGCGAGCCUUUGGUCAUCUGGUGGUCUGUAAAUCCUUCCCAGAGAUGUCGGUUCCAGCGUUACCGUCUCGCAUGAGACAGAGUUUAGAGCACAAACGCAGGUCUUUACAUCAUCAUCGCAACCCAUAUGCACAUCAAUUUAUCCCGUGGCGAUUCAAUAUUCGAUCAACUCUUGGUUCAUUCGAAGACGUUUCUCAAAAUAAUUGUCGACAGUGUUCUCGCUCAAUUGCUGAAUUCGGACUUUUCUGCCCACUGUGCAUGUGUGGAGUGCAUUUUGAUUGCUACGACUAUCCUGAAGGAAGCUCUUUCUCCGAAUACGUUGUGGCAUCUGGAGCAGAGAGACAAAGAAUUGCUCUACACAAGUUCUGUCCUGUUCCACCCUCUAAGUUCGCGUCUUCGCCGAUUGUCUCUCUCCAAGGGCAGCACUCCUUCCGAUGGGUGAACCUCUUCAACAUGUCCAUUUGCUUCAUGUGCCGCCGUCCUCUUUGGGGCUACGUGAUGCAGGCUUUGAGGUGUAUGUCAUGCAAACAUUUCGUUCACUCAUCUUGCCUCACGGAAGAUUUAUCACAACUUCCUCGGUGCCGGUCUUUUUCUGCCGAUGACACUUUUAUCGCGGUGAACAUGCAGACGUUGCGUGCAUCUUUUAUGGAUCAUUAUCGCAGCUUGAUCUUUACUGAAGCUGAGAUCGGACACCAGUCUUACGAGGAUAUCUCAAUUGUUCAUGCAAUUUUAUGGGUGCAAUCCCACAUUCUUCGAUUUGGUGUUGUACUUGGCUCCAUUAUCAUCGUAGAUUCGGAUGAGCCGACAUCUCCUUCGCAAGACGCUAGCGUGCCGAAAUUUGAACUCCACAAUCUUGUCAGCCUUUAUGAGAAGACACUGUUAUCGGGAAAGCUAAAGGUAUCGCAAGCUAUUGGGGACUAUCUCGCUGAGAACAAUAUGCAAGCAUCUAUGAUGUCAAUUUUUUUCGACUGGAGUAUCUUAACGUACAUUGCGGCCUCGCUCAAGUCGCCUAGCGGAAACGCCACUGCUUCGGUCAACCUAUUGACUAUAGAUGCCCUGGACCCCUUCGAUGAUGAAACCGCAAGCGAAUCUACUUAUUCGUAUGAAACGCUCUCUUUAGCUCACAUUCGGGACCAGUUGGGAGAUCAAUUCCACGUAUUUUCCGAAGCUGCAGCAAGGCAUGUUCUUUCACUUCUGUCAGACUUGGGCUUCUUCCAAAGGCUGGACUGCGAACGUCUUCUCAAUGACGUGCGAGAGCCCGAACAAAUCCGUUGCUGUUUUCCUCUACCAGUCGGGUUGGAGGUGUCUAAUCAAGUGGAGACUUUGGUGUCCACAAUUGAAGCCUGUCUACUGGAUCUGGAUUUAUCCGUCAACGAAGCAGGUUUUAUGCUACUCGUUAGGAAGAUGUGGCCGGAUAGGAUGAUGACAGACUACGCAUUGCAAAGGCUUUGCUCCGCAGUAGUGAAAUGGAUAAUAUCCGAGGACCAGAAUCUGGGUAUAAUGCUUCGUGAUUACAUCGCCAAAGGCAAGAGUCUUCCGGGAGUGCGCUCUGCUACGGAAGCACAACCUUGGCCCUCAUCAGUUCUAUCAAAAACAGCGAAGGCAAGCUCCGUUAACAAUGGCGGGGACUACGUUGCCAGCAGGCGAGCGCUAUCGAUUCAAUAUGCUUCUAGGUGGAUGUUGGCUUUCCAUAAUCUGGAUGUUGACAAUUAUGCCGACACCGUAUUUACUUUGCUCGUACGUCAAACCGAUACAGACGAAACCUUAGAUGAGUACUUUCUGGGUAAGGAGGUGGACGAUCGUAGGAUGAGACGCCAACUCGCCAGUGCGGAUAAAUUGUUAAAGCUGAUCAUAAAGCUGAAUCAAGUCUCUGUGCUGUUUACCGCAUUCGAUGACUUAUUCAAACGUUGGCUCGAAAGAGCAAAUUCAUUGACCCCUGAUUCGCAAUCGUUGUCAUCAUUAUCUCGUCUUUUUAACCGGGAAGUGGAAACGAGCCAUCGGUUGAGCUCCGUAAUAGAACCGGGAGUCAGUAUAUCGGGUACGGCUAACUUUGCCAGUGGUAGUGCUCUGCGGAUAUUGACCGAUGCCGCGACGGGAAGCCGAGUUGGAUUCACAGACACGAUGCAGUCGCUCUGCCUCUUUGUCUGCGCUGGCGUUGACAUCUCCAUUCCUACGUUCAUGCAAUUCGUGUCUAUUGCCCAGCAAUUUGAAGCUACAUUGGAGGAAUGUUUGUUACUGAUCAAAGCCACUUUGUGGUCAGCAUGGCUUAGAUCGGUUGGACGUCAGGAACUUCAAGCUGUGGUUGCCGGUCUUCAACAACUCCUUGCUCCCUGCAUAUCUGAAUGCCUUCGCACGAAGAAGGAGUUGGACAAGAACAUCACUUUCAUUAGGCAGUCCCUGGCAAUUUGUCUCCUCGUAUAUGGUUGCGAGCGGAAAUAUAUCAUGGAGUUGGACAUACUGCGAGAUGAAGAUAUACGUGGCUUACCUUCCAGACGAAAGCUGCAUUCCCGCAAUUCUACUAUAUCUGAUCCUGUCAUUAUCGACGCAAAGCUCAUGCGUGCCUUGAAAAUGUACGUUGAGGCCGAAAUUGACGAGGUGUCCAGUCUUAUCGCAAAAUUUCUCAAUGCUUUUGUCAAUGACGCACCCUUCGUGGAGUCGUAUGAAGUUGAUAAUUUCAUACUGCGCAAUAUGCCCACACUCUGUGUCUGUAUAUGGCAGUUCUAUGGUAUUCAAGCUCCAAAUUUAUCUAUCAUUCGUCCUGCUCUUCUGUUGCGCGUUAUUGUGGUUGACCCGCAUCCAUUCUACAAGUUACUUGAUGACGCAAUCAGCGAACAAAAACAAUGGGAACUACGUCUCCAGGCAGCGCUACGACUUUUCCGUAUUAUUCUGGAUGUUACAAGCCCCGCGUUCAAUGUCGAGGGUCGUCAAUGGAAGACUAGUGUCAUCCAAAUUUUUGAUCGCUUCUUUUCAGGCAUUUGGAUGGAUGAGAGGGAAGAAGUCAGAGUUGCACUGGAUACAUGGGCUAGAACCCUGCUUGAAGCGCAUCAGAACGCAAUCGCAAGCUGCUGGAACGAAUCGCUACUCAAGUCUCCCAUUGCUGAACGCGUGACCCUAGUGUCUUUUUUGAAUCAAUUGCGAUCCCAUUUCCCCCGUUGGCAAGUGUUAUCCUGGAAUGCGAUAACGGAAGCAUUACUCGAAAACGAGUCCCCACAAAAAUUCGAUGAUGAUGAUGUGGCUGCGGAACACAUGGCUAUGUACGGACUUCCCUCUGGAAAUAUAGAGAAUCAAGAACAGAAAGAUCUCAACGGCGACUGUCUGCGGAUGUCCCUACUAUCUCUGGCCAUGCGGAUGAUCUCUGAUGGUAUACCAAUUGAACCCGUACAUCUGGUCAAAGUCAAAUUUCACCUCGUGAAGGCCAUCGGGUAUCGCGAAGUUGCUAUGUGUCCUACCAUCACUGGACGUAGCUUUCACAUCCGCUUUCACAGCCUACCCUUGAUUCCGAAGUCAGCUGACUCUUGCUUAAACGACUUCAUCUCUGUUCUGGAUUCUUCACAAGCAUAUGACGUGUCGCCAUCAAUGAUGGGUGGCCCAUACGCAGAGGAUGAGGCACCUUGCUCACUACUAGUUGGAUCUAUCCUUGUAGAUGUGCUUCUGGACAUCUUCAUGAACGCAGAAGAUCUUGCCGCUCUACUGCCAGUUACCCUAAAGAACCUCCUUAAAUCUCUGAUAAUUAUAUCUUAUAAACAUGACUUUGAUAGGAGACCUCUGAAGCACCUUCAAGGGGCUUUGCGGAAGGCGGUCCGCCGAGCUCUGGAUCUAGUACUGGCCGAAGUCAGUUAUGAAAUACGGCAGCUGGCACUUUCUGCUUGUCACACGUUGAUUAAGAGAUGGCCCGCCGUAGUCGGUAAUACUUUGAUCGAGGCGAUUGAAAUAUCCAUUCGGCUCCUAACCGUCCUCGAUUUCGAAAAGAAUACGGACGAUGUUCUGGUGGAUCAAGCAUGCUCUUUCCUGGUGACGACACUCACGAUGUUCGCGACUGGUGGCAUUUUUAAUGCCCUAUGUAAGCGGCCGCUCACAGCCGAAUUCUUCACUGUCUUGCGUUUCAUAAGUGCGCCCAAGGUAAAGGGAAGACGGGUGUCGACACGAAGCAGUCUAAAUGACACGCUUCUUCGUGAUACGCUUGCGAGGUCUCUAGAGAAUGAUUCUGAGACGUUCCAACUGGUGAUCGAGAAUCUAGCCACAUUUGUGGAAGUCGUACAUCACGCAGACUAUAGUUCAGACAUGUUGCAGUCCGUUGGAAUUUGGUUAACAGGUAUUGCUCGACGCACCGCUGAGUGGCCUCCGGGUGCAUUCAAUACCAGCCCUCUCUUUUUACUUGCUUGUACACUUAUCCAACACAAUAAGGCUUAUAGUCGAGACAUACUUGGUUUCAUGGAGACCCUCCUCAGGGCCACGUUGAUCCGUUGUGUGGUGUCAACACAAAGCCUAACUCGCGUCGUUGAUGUGACAUCCGAAUUAUAUAGGAAGGCGGCGGUAGCAUCUGGAGGACAGCCGACAAAUCCCAUAACACUCGUGAUGAUAGAAAUUGUGGGAGAUGUUGUACGUGGAAGAGCUCGGGUUGCUCCGGCAACUAUGGUGGCCUUAUGCGAAACCAUGCGCGCAGCCGUAGUCCCCAGGCUUCUGAAACGGAAGCUGAUCCCCGUUCCGGAGGACCUGGUAUACAAAUUGGCGACGGACGCGCUUCUACUUUUGUGUAACGACACCGAGAGCCAACCCCAGAUUACGUUCGAUGUGUCGCAAGCUGCAGCUGCCCUGACGCUCGAUGUAGCAGAAUUUCAACCCUCUAUCUUAAGUAGAUUGGCGAAUUCUCAAGUACCCACCCGGACAUGGAAUGUACUUGUCAUUGCAGCCUUGCAGAGCUCCCAUGACGUUUCUGCGUCUCUUAUAUUCGACUACUUUCCUGCUUUCUCUCUGGCUUACUCUAGCUGCCUCGAGCCAUACAAGGAUCCUCAGCGAUUAGCAAGCCUCGAGGCGCAAAACUCUGCUUAUAUCGACAUUAGCGGUGCAUAUGCAUCGAUCAAGCUGUGGCUACUUCUUGUCAGGAAGGCCGCGAAUCACCAUAGGGAAGCAAGGGAAAGGCUCAGCGAGGACCGGGAAGUCAAUAUGCUGCAAGAUGGCGAGAUCCUUGCUACUAAGACUGUUUGGAAUGAAUUAUGGCCCCCUCUUGACCGCAUUAUGGCUGCGCUGGAAGCGGUCGCACAUGCAGGCGGUAGUUCGUCGUCGUUCAUUCCUGAGAUCUUACCUCCCGGACGCACAGCCAUUGGCACCUAUGUUGUGCGCAUCCGUUGCUGA